GGACGCUCUUUGCGAAAUUUCGGAGCAUGGGUUGGUUAUUAUUGUUGAAGAGAUGAGCUCCCUUCAAGCCAGAGUCUACUUCAGGAAGGAGUUGUUUAAGGAGUACCAUUUUCGUCGAGGGCGACAGAGGCGCCCCCGGUUUGGCGUGAGCCUCUCGGUCUUGAUCGACUGCCUUAGUGCUUUCACUUUUUCAAGCGGUAAUAUGGGACUGGAAUUGCGCUAUCCAGGACCAGAUAUGCAGCUUCUCCUCAAGUUGAUGGACUCGAACCGGAUAUGCACAGAUGCUGAGAUCCGGACCAGGAUCCCAGAGACUACUCCACGGGAGUAUGAUUUUAACCUUGGUGGGGAUGGACCUCAGCCUCUCUCUUUUGCAAUCAAGUCAGCUGCCCUGAAGGAAAUCAUUGAAGAUCUUGAAUGGCCAGGAUCGAGUAUCGUGUUGACGGUGCACCCAGAUCCGCCUCGGGUCACUUUCAGAGGGGAGGGGCAUGGGGACUUGCAGAUUGAGUUGUUCUACAAUGCCCAGAGUGAUCUGUUUAUAUCUUUUCAGUGUGACCGGCGAGCAUCUUUCAGGUACAAGUACAAGCAUCUGAAGGCUACAACUGCUAAUAUCCCAGCAUCGAUCGUAAAGGACAAUCGAGGCAGCAAGUUGACGGUCAACGACAACGGGCUGCUAAGGGUUCAGCAUAUGAUAUCCAUACGGUCAUCAUCAUCGUCGACAGCAGGAAAUCAGCCGCAGCCUCAGUUUUUCACGAGCCAGGGACUUGGGACCACAACAGGACAAGGCUCUCCCAUGCCAAGAGUGUCGUACACAGAGUUCUUUGUAAUGCCAGAGGAAGAGCCGCUAAGCGCCGGCGGGCAAAUGGAUGGAGAGGCCUCAUAGUAUAGCAUUUGCACACAGUGCCAGCAACCAAUGCAUAUUGUGUUUAGAGGUUCACACUUGGCCUGGUUGUUUCGACUAUACCAGCUUCGGCUGGACACUGAGGAAUGCAUAUGAUCACUUCGCCGCAUGUUGGGUGCCACAGGUUGGCCCAGCCAGGUUUUCCCUCGGCGUGAUUUUUAGCUUGCUUGCUGGUUCUUGACCUCACUUCACUUUCCGCCAAGUGGACCAACUGGAACGCAGCCUGGAUGAACUGUGAACCAAGUGGAACCAGCUGUGGGCCCAGUUUUGGAGGAACUCUGGGACCAACGUUUUGGCCAACUUGGGUCCAAUUUGAACCAAUUUUGGCGCAAGUUGGACCAACUCCAAGGCGGGACCAAUUUUGCCCCACUUU